AAUCCGUAAAAUAAAGGGUAUAUAUAAUUAGGGUUUGAGUUUUCAUUUCAUUCACUCACUCGCUCACUCGUUUCAUCACAGACUCAGCUUCUUCACCUCUCUUCUAGAUUCUUCGAUUCCACCGUUUCAAGAAGCCAUGGCUAAGGGUCCCGGUCUCUACACUGACAUCGGCAAGAAAGCCAGAGAUCUGUUGUACAAGGACUAUAACAGUGACCAGAAAUUCACCAUCACAACUUACUCACCUACUGGAGUUGCUAUAACAUCAACGGGAACAAAGAAAGGUGAACAGUUUCUGGGUGAUGUUAAUACCCAGUUGAAGAACAAAAACAUCACUGCUGAUGUCAAAGUAGACACAAGUUCCAACAUUUUCACAACCAUCACUAUCAAUGAACCUGCUCCUGGUGUGAAGGCUAUUUUAAGCUUCAAAGUUCCUGAGCAAACAUCUGGCAAGGUGGAGCUACAAUACUUGCACGACUAUGCUGGAAUAAGCAGCAGUGUUGGGUUGAAAGCAAACCCGGUUGUCAACUUGUCUAGUGUUUUUGGAACUGAUCAAGGUUCUGUUGGUGCUGAUCUUUCUUUUGACACCAAACAAGGGGUGUUAACAAAAUCUAAUUUUGGACUGAGCUUUAUCACUGAAGACUUGCUUGCGGCAUUGACUCUGAAUGACAAAGGUGAUGUGCUGAAUGCGUCUUACUAUCAGGCUAUUAACCCCUUGACCAACACUGCUGUUGCUGUUGACAUGAGUCACAAAUUCUCAACCAAAGAAAACACCUUCACACUUGGCGCCCAACAUGCAUUGGAUCCAUUGACCACAGUGAAGGCUCGCGUCAACAACGCUGGCAAGGCAAGUGCUCUUAUCCAGCACGAAUGGCGCCCCAAGUCACUCUUUACCAUUUCUACUGAGGUGGACACCAAGGCCAUUGAAAAGAGUGCCAAGGUUGGAUUGAGUUUGGCUCUCAAACCCUGAUAGUUUUGAUCCAUUCUGGCAUGAAAUUGAGGUAGGCUUUAGGGACCAUAUAGUUUGUCGGAUUGAUGUUGGUUCUCUUCUUGGGUAAGAAGUUUUCAAGGUGUUUUCUUUGCAGUUGAGCAAUUCAACCUUGUAGAAAUAAAUAGGUUUUUAAUGAACCAAAUGUUACUCUGCAAGCCUCUUUUAUUGAACCUAGAAUUGGUACUGAGUUUUGACAGCAAAAUUUUACAUUUUUUGGUUCUA